GAUAAUCACAUGGUCUAUCCUGCUCGACAAAAUCCACUCGGUCCACAACCUCCAUCUACUUGUUAGUCUCCUACCUCUCUCCUUCAGCUCUCUCUCUCUCUCUAGCUCAAGACAGACACAGCCAUAACCAAACUUCUCCUCCUUGAGAAGAAGCUCAUCCAUGGCGGAUGGUGGCGGCACAGCAUCAACUGACCGAUCAACACUCCUCGACGACCUUCCCGACGCCGUCCUUCUACAAACCUUCUCCCUUAUCAUCGACGUCCGCACCCGCAACUCUGUCUCACUCACCUGCCGCAAGUGGCGCUCGCUCGAACGAUCAACACGCACUAACCUCUCCCUCCGCGGCAACAUCCGGGACCUCUUUCUCCUCCCCACCUGCUUCCCUUCCAUUUCACAUCUAGACCUCUCCCUCCUCUCGCCAUGGGGCCACCACCCCGCCGACUUUCAUCUCCUCACUCGCCGCUUCCUUCUCGCUUUCCCCUCCGUCGUUUCGCUCACCAUCUAUGCUCGUGCCGCAGCCAUGGUUCCCAAUUGGCCGAAUCUUCGGCACGCUGCGCUUGUGCGGUGGCAUCCGCGGCCUAAUCAGCCACCUGGUUUUGAUCUCGGUCCUCUUCUUUCAUCUUGCCCUAAUCUUACGUCUUUGGAUCUUUCACGGUUCUAUUGCUGGCCGGAGGACAUCCCCGCUGCGUUGGCCUCUCACCCUUCGGCUGCUGAAUCGCUGACCCAUCUCGACCUCCUCUGUUCGGCAGCGUCCGAGGGGUACCGGUCAUCGGAGCUGGUUGCGAUUGCGACGGCUUCCCCUAAUCUCCGUCGGUUGCUUGUUCCCUGCGUGUUCAAUCCAAGGUUCUUCGAUUUCGUCGGUGACGAUGCCAUUCUCGCCGUGGCUGCGGCUUGCCCGAAUCUCUCGUUGCUUCAUCUCGCUGAUCCUUCAACCCUCUCUCCCUCCCGCGAAAUUCCUGAUUCCACCACCACCCCACGCGAUGAUGCACGCGUCACACGCGCUGGUCUUCAGGGGAUGUUUUCAGCCCUCGCGCUUCUUGAAGAUCUAACCCUAGAUCUAUGCCAUGAUGUGGUGGAUUCCGGCGCAGCAUUGGAAGUUCUAAGCCACCGAUGCCCUCGCAUCCGAUCCUUGAAAUUUGGCCGAUUCCAGGGGGUUUGCAUAGCCGCGGGACUUCACCUCGACGGUGUCGCGGUCUGCGGGGGUUUGCGGAAUCUCUGCAUCAAGAACUCCGAUGAUCUUUCAGAUUCCAGCCUCGCCACCAUUGCUCGCGGCUGCCGUCAGCUUUCCAGAUUUGAAAUCCAUGGCUGCGCCUUGGUGUCUGAGACAGGCAUCAAGAGAUUGGCUGCAGUGCUUCGCUCCACACUCAAAGAAGUGAUAAUCUCCGACUGCCGAUACCUUGAUGCAGCUUCCUCGCUUCGCGCCCUGGCACCGAUUCGAGAUCGCAUUGAGCGCCUCCACAUCGACUGUAUCUGGGAGAAGCCGGGGACUUUGCCGGCUGAGGUCGCAACAGAUGAUCUUGAUUGCGAUGAUGUCGAAUUCCAGUUCGAUGAAGAAGGCGUGUCGAGCAAGAAAUGCAGGUAUUCUGAUCAAAACUUCUACAACAAUGGCGGCAGCGAAUUCUGGUGCAAUACAUUCGAUCGCCUUCGUUAUCUCUCGCUGUGGGUUCCCGCGGGAGAAAUUCUUAGCCCAUUACGGGAAUCGGGGCUGGAGAACUGUCCUGAAUUGGAGGAGAUCAGCAUCAAGGUGGAAGGUGAUUGCAGAACUUGCCCAAGGCCUGCCCAGCCUGUUUUCGGACUGAGCUCGCUGGCCUUAUACACUCAGCUGUCAAAGAUGAAGCUUGACUGCGGAGAAGCCAUUGGCUAUGCUUUGACAGCUCCCACAGGACACAUGGAUCUCAGCCUGUGGGAGAGAUUCUAUCUCCAUGGAAUUGGAGAUCUGAACCUGCAUGAGCUCGACUACUGGCCGCUUCAAGACAAGGAGGUGAAUCAGAGAAGCUUAUCACUUCCAGCUUCUGGAUUGAUACAAGGAUGUUCAUCGUUGAGGAAGCUGUUCAUCCAUGGUACUGCGAAUGAACAUUUCAUGAGAUUUUUUUUGGGGAUGCCGAAUCUGAGGGAUGUACAGCUCAGGGAGGAUUAUUACCCGGCGCCGGAUAAUGAUAUGAGCACAGAAAUGAGAGUAGAUUCCUGUAGUAGAUUUGAAGAUGCAUUGAACAGCAGGCCUAUACCUGAUUAGAUGGAGGAGGAAUUGCAGAGAUUUGAUCUGCUUUUAGCUUUUUGGAGAGAGAGUGUGUGCAAGAGAUCGAGGGGGUGAAAUUUGAGAGAGGUGUAGAUCUUGUGAGUUCAAUAAAAGCAAAACCAAACAUUUCUUCUUCUUUUUUUCGCUUCAAA